CCCUGAAUCCAACCAGACACGGCCAAUUCCUCAGACUCACCUCCCUAAACGACGCGGGAGGUGGCCACUAUUGUGUACUAAAGGCAAGUUGAAACCAGCGAAACCAAGCGUGUUCUCCUAUCCAAGUUGGUACUUAAGAACACGCCCCCCCCCCUUAAGAUUUCAUUCAGACCAGGUCACCGAAGAAGCCCCCCUACCAGCACCAGCUACCAUAACUUUCCAACAAGAUAUUGGAACACAGAUAUUCCAUAUAAAGGUGUACAAAAAAUUAAGGGAAAAGUCCAUCAAGACAAACGUUCUGGCCAAAAAAAAGAACAUCCAGCAUCAAUAAACCCUCAAAACUCCCCUCAACCAGCAGAUCAUAGGCUACACAGAACCUAUCCCUCAAGCCUAAACCAUUUUCUCGGCCAAGAUUAGUGAUUUUAAGAAAAUCCUUUACGUCACUUGAGCCAAUCACAAUGAACAAUCCGUUCGAGUCUCCCUUCAGAGAAAACUUUCUCACACCGCCCCUUGCCGAAUCUAGCCUCCAGUCCCCGUUGGAAUCCGUAUUUUUAUCCUCCAGCCCCUACCUCUCUAGCUCUCCAUUGCGCACCGCGGCUCCGUUGCCUCUCGUGCUUCCGACACUAGAUUCACGGCUCGAGCUCCUUCCGGAAGAGGAUAGCGCGCACCAGCGUUCGUUUUCAUCGCCAGUCCGCAGCGCGCGCGCACACGCGUGCAUCACGGCUGCUUCUUCACCUACCCGUUCACUUGGUCAUACACGUUCGUGUUCUGAACCCUCUCCUGACACCAAAGAAAAGCGCAAACGGCGGAAGAAGGAGGAAAUUGUGCGGCUCUACCUCUGUGGCUAUCAGGGCUGUGACAAAGCGUAUGGUACACUAAACCAUUUGAAUAUCCACACGCGGUUAAUGGGCCAUGGGGCGAAACGUUUGCCUGAGGAGUUUAAAGAAAUCCGCACGCGGUGGCGACUGGAGAAAAAGCGCGCAGAAAAUGCUAAUUUGGAGGCGAAGCUAAAGCAGGAACCCAAGACGGAUAAGAUUACAAAACCAAAGAAGCAACGGGCUCUCAGAAACUUUGGCUUGGAGACAGGCCAGACCAGAGUUUUCCAGAAAAGUGUGGACCUUCUGGUGAAGUUGCAGCUUCCAGAGGACGAUACACAAACACCUAGUGGAUCGUCACCAGAAUCUGACCAGGGUUCUGGUAGAAAGGACCUCCAUUACUCGCUGGUGGUCUCACAAAAUUAUUCGCCUAGCAUUUCAUCUGCCUCUGCUACUACUCCACACCUCCAGAAGGUCCUUAUCGGGUCACAUGCUAGUUUACCAGGCCGUACUUCAUCCUCAACUGCUCUUGCCCCACAGGUACUAUUCCUUUCGCCGCCUGAGUCUGUCUUCAACCCACUAAUGGCAAACGAGCCCUUUAAUGAAGUCGCUUCCGUGUUUGAUUUUCCCUUUCCGAGUCUCACCCCGAUGGCUAAUUCUGCUGGACUGCCACUUUUUGAAGACUCGUCAGUUUAUUCAGAUAUGGUUGCCAAUAUGAAUAGUAGCUACGGGUUCGGGAGGCUUCUCGAGCCCUUGGAGAUGGGGAAAUCACUCUACGCCAGAUCUGCCGGUUCCUUCGCCGAGACUCUUCCGGGUGACUACAACCUCAACAUGGGUCUCGGGCUAGACUUUCCAGGGUUUAACCAGGCACUUUAUCCCAUGCCCCCACAGCCGAUGCACCAGAUACAUUCGACUGAGAGUCUCGCCACAGACAUAUGCACGUCCCAAUCGGGAAAGGGACUGUUCUGAUAACUGGGAAUCGUUCAUCCAAAAGUUGUCUAGAUGAAAGAGCAAUAUUUCAGGACAUGUUCUAUAAAGAUGUUCCCUAAGCAUUAGGCAUCCUGGUUAAAAUGGGUAUCUGGUGAGUUUUAAUCCCUUUGAGUUUUAAAUGCGUAUCAUUCCUUUAAUUUAUUCCUUGAAAGAUUGCUGCUUCAAAAUUCUUUUGUCCUCCUGUGCAUUUAUCAACUUUGUAUCAGUAUUCAUUCGUUUUUCAUCAUAUACAGUUUUUGUUUCUUGCAUUUUUAUACAUAUCUGUCUCUCG